AAGGUGAUAAAAUCAGUGAUGAUUCCGUAUUUGCUUAAUCGUUGUGAAGCUACAUACACAAAUUUCCGUUUUGGCACAAAGAAAACUAGUCACGUGCACAAUAGACAUUAAAACUAUCAUGCAAAAAAGCACUGUCAUUCUUUUCAUUAACUGGGUUGAAUAGAUUAAUUAUGAACAAUUAUAAAAAUGUCCAUUAGGAAGACGUAAAAAAGUUUGAGACAACACAACGUAGGUAGAAAUAUUGAAUUGAUAAAUCAUAGAUACUUAACUAUGAUAUAGAAAGUGGUUUAAUAUAUUUUUUAACUUUUAAAAGCUCACAAGGUGGUAGAAAUAGUAAAUUUAUUGUAUGGGAUAUGCUUUAUUAACAUGUAAAGUGUUCAGUUUGUCAACAUCUUUGAAACUAUUCACACGAAAACACGAAUAGAUGGGAGCUAGUACGAUGUAAAAUGUUCGUUCCGGCGCUGUUCAGUCUUUUAUGUAUGACCGUCACAUACACUGUAUCAAGAUCAUCAGCCAGAGAACUAUGCAAACCUGGUGAAAUUUACUUAACAAGGGAGGUCAGUCCCUUACGUGUCCCACCAGGAGUGAAAAAGUACUCCAUCGUUGGUUUAUUUCCUGGUAUGAUAACACUGAGGAAGAGCUAUAAUAGAAGUGGAUACACGUGGAUGGAGGUUGCGAAACACGCCUUAGAGGAGGUCAACAAAAUAUUAGCGCGUUUACAAGUUCCCGCAAUGCUCGAACUAAUCAUUUACGACACAUGUAACAGUAUAGAAAUCGCAAAUUUUGAAUUACUCGAGAUUUUAUUAAAUAGUACAGAGAGUAGCGGCAACACAACAGAACAGAACAUCAUAGCGCCAAAAGAUGAGAAUCUACUCGGUUUCGUCGGUCCAGCUUCGUCACAAACGACAGCACAUACGUAUAAACUACUCAUGCCAUUCGCAGCACCAGUGGUUGGCUACUCAGCAACCAGUGUGAGCUUCGAUAACAAGGAAAUCUACCCGUUCUUUAUGAGAACAAUACCACCAGAUAACCUCCAAGCCAAAUUCAUUGUGGAUUUAGUCCUAAAAUUCAACUGGAAGUACGUCUCCUUAAUCGCCAAUGACAACGAAUAUGGCCGUAAGGGAAGAUCAGUAUUAAAGAAACUAUUCGCAGCGUAUGAUAUAUGUACAGCGGUAGAUAGAUUAUUCAAAUCUCCCAUGGAUAACAAAGAAAUUGAAAGCAUAACAAAUGAAGUAAAAAACGAGAAAGAAUCUAGUGUGAUUAUCCUUUGGGCGUCGGGUAUUCAGUCACAGGUAUUCAUAAGACAAGCCACAAUCUUGAAACUGUAUGAUAAAACAUGGAUAGUUACGGAGUCUGUAGGUACCAAUCCAAAGAUGAUGAACAUCGAGAAACGUACCGUUCAAGGACUGUUAAGUGUCGUCCCAUUUAGCGGCAUGUACCAUAGCUUUGAAAGAAAGUUUCGCCAGAUGAAAUACGAAAAAAAUGCUACUUUAGGAUUGAAACAUUUCUUUGAAUACAGUUUGAAACUAAAUGGAAGCAAACUGAUUAACGCAACACUCGAUCAAUAUUGGAAAGAUAUACCACUGACAAAAAACGGAAACAUACGCAAUGCUAUAUACGCAUACGGAUAUGCUAUCAAAAACUAUAUCACUGAAAAUAUCCAGUGCCAAUUUAAUAUUUGCAAUAUUUCACCAAUAUUGGACAGAACAAAGUUUUUUUACAAAUACUUACAAAAAGUCACUUUUAAAGGAUUAAUUGGCGAGACUGUAAGUUUUGAUCGAACAGGAAAUAUCAAUUCGGCAAUGUUUCAUUUGUAUUCUUUGCAACCUGGUGGGGAAAAUCUUGUUUGGAAGAAGAUCGGCAUAUGGAACAAAAAGGAUAAGAUAAAAAUAACAAACAGUAACUUUAUAUGGGCUGGGAAUGCCACAAAACAACCGGUAUCAAAAUGCGCCAGUAACUGCAAUCCUGGAUUUUACGCUGUACCUCAUGGCUCCAAACUAUGCUGCUGGACCUGCGUGCGUUGCAACUAUGGCUUUUAUCAACCAACGUCCGGUAGAAAUGAAUCCUGCCUAAAAUGUAAAGCAGGAAAGCGUUCAAAUGAAAAGAGAACAGCGUGUUCAGAAGUGAAAGAACGAUACAUAGGUCAGCGUAGUCGAGAAGCCUACAUCAUCUACGUGUUCAUUAUUAGUACAUCGUGCAUUGGUGGGAUCUUCCUUGUAGUGUUUGUCGUCCAUAGAAGAACACCAAUUGUAGUGUCAUCACAAUAUCAUAUCUCGUUGCUGCAAAUUUUCAGCUUGAUUUUACUUCCGUUCUGUAUGCUACUGUUUGUCAAUAAACCAACCGGGUUGAUAUGCAUCGGACGCAUAAGCACUGUAAGCGUUUUGUUAACAUUCGCAUGCACUUUUACAAUCGUGAAAACACAACGCCUGAUUCAGGUCUUUGGAGAGUGUGUUAUUAUAUCUAGACAUGGUGCGCAACGAAUGCGUUCAAUCGAUGUAUGGAUCAUUCCGUUAGUGCUGAUGAUAAACGUCGUUUUACUGGUUGCAUUUUACACGUACGAGCCUUUUUUCGUCACACACAAAGUAGUAGAGCAAGUCCUUCACGUCAACUGCAAUAUUAAGUCAGCAUAUUUUACACAAAUUUUAUUUAUUCUAAUACUAUCGUUAUUUUGUGGAGUUCAAGCGUUUCGCGCGAGAAAACUACCGCAAAAUUACAACGAAUCAACUUUUAUCAGUUUCGCUAUGUUUUCGACAAGCAUGGCGUUGAUCAUCGUCAUACCGUUACACGAAAGCGCCCAAAAUCCGACAGACGCCAUGUUUGUUGGUUUGUUAUUAGCGCUUGUCGUAGACAUGAUGAUCCUGCUGGUGAUGUACAGCUACAAAGUAUGGAUAAUUCUUUUUCACAAAGAAUUAAACACCGAAAAUGCAUUUCGUCUUAACAGACUACGCAGCAUACAGCGAAAGGUCAGCGAAGACAUUCAACGACACCGCAAAAUAAAAUUAGGCGUGAACGAUGCUGUUUUAGUAGUGCAAAGCAACGAGAACGACCCUUGUUACGGUCUGCAAAUUCACAGUCCAUCUAAUUCAUUCAAACCAAAACAAACAAAAAAUGGAAACAACAACAACAAACAACACGCUCUAUCGAACAAUGUGAACAAAAAAACGUACACACACCACAACUCUGAUAGCACAUUAUACCCUGUUAACAACCUGGAUACUUUACAUGAAGGCAGAGCCCACAGUAAAUCUAUUUUAUCCAUACAAAGUACAGUUAGUACUGACACUUUGUUGACAGAUAUCGUCACCAGCUGUGACACUCACUGCUGACUUUGCAUUUGACAAUCUCCAGUUAUACUUCACAUGAUAAAAAACCUUAGUAAGGAUAAAACUUAAUUUUAAUUGAUUUUAAUUUAAUUUAUUUAAUUCUGUGCAGAGAACAAUUACAAAGUAGUACAAAAAUUAGGAUUAACCGCAUGUUUUAACAGAAUAGCGCUUGAUCGUUUCAACCCGAGUAUUUUCAACUGUUUGACAAACAUCAGUCUCAUUUCUUCUUAAUAUACGCCUAGCAUGAAAAAAAUAGGCUGGGCGAAUAACAACAAAAUUCAAUCUCAAAAAAUAACAGCUUAUAAUUUGCUUUUGAAUUUUUUUUGCUACGUAUAACGGAUCCAUUACAAUGUUUCUUUGAACGGCAUCAAGCAUCAUAAAAAUUUUGAAUCUAGAAGAGUCGAGCCUAUCCGUAAGAUAUUUUAACCCAUUUUUACCCUAGAUAUUUUUAUAAAAAAAACGUAUACUAAACUACACGCGUAAUUCGAUCCACAAUUUUUUUAUAUUUAUAUGUUUUAGGUACAGUAAGAAAUGGAUUUUUUAAUCAAUUUGUAAUAACCGUAGCUUCAUACAUUUGUACAAUUCUAUGUUUUUAGAAGAUGAAUCAAUGUCUUCCAUGUAGAGUCAGAAUCACUUUCUGUAUUCUACUUACUGGUUAUA